AGCACCGCGCUGACUGAAUCCCGUGGCGGAAGGGCGGCUGGUGGCGGCUGUUUCGCUGAGGGUCGCUGUCCUGCCGGCGGCAUGUUACCGGCUGUGAAAACUGAGGAUGCGGAAGAGGAGUACGCGGAGGAUUGUCCUGAACUGGUCCCCAUUGAGACCAACCACCAAGAAGAAGAGGAAAAUCUUGACUUCAUCAAUAAGAUUCCAGUCACAAUUAUCACCGGGUAUUUAGGUGCUGGAAAGACAACACUUCUGAACUAUAUUUUGACAGAACAACAUAAUAGAAAAAUAGCAGUCAUUUUAAAUGAAUUUGGAGAAGGAAGUGCAAUAGAGAAAUCCUUAGCUAUCAGUCAAGGUGGAGAACUCUAUGAAGAAUGGCUGGAACUUAGAAACGGUUGUCUCUGCUGUUCAGUGAAGGACAAUGGCCUUAGAGCUAUAGAGAAUCUGAUGCAGAAGAAGGGGAAGUUUGAUUACAUACUCUUAGAGACUACUGGGCUAGCAGAUCCUGGUGCAGUGGCUUCUAUGUUUUGGGUUGAUGCUGAAUUAGGGAGUGAUAUUUAUCUUGAUGGUAUCAUAACUGUUGUAGAUUCAAAAUAUGGAUUUAAACAUUUAACUGAAGAAAAACCUGAUGGCCUUGUCAAUGAAGCUACUAGGCAAGUUGCUUUGGCAGACAUGAUUCUCAUCAAUAAAACAGACUUGGUUUCAGAAGAGGAGCUAAACAAAUUAAGAACAACUAUCAGAUCAAUAAAUGGACUGGGGAAAGUUUUAGAAACUCAAAGAUCAAGAGUUCAUCUCUCAAAUAUAUUAGAUCUUCAUGCCUAUGAUAUUCUUUCUGGAAUAAGUUUGCAGAAAAAACUCCAGCAUGUGUCAACAGCACCCCACCUUGAUCAGAGUAUUGUUACAAUCACAUUCGAAGUACCAGGAAGUGCAAAAGAAGAGAGUCUAAAUGUAUUUAUCCAGAAUCUCCUGUGGGAAAAGAACGUAGAAAACAAGGACGGCUGCUGCAUGGAGGUCAUACGACUGAAGGGAGUGGUGUCCAUCAAAGACAAACCACAGCAAAUGAUUGUGCAAGGCAUCCAUGAGCUCUAUGACCUGGAAGAGAGCCUAGUGAGUUGGAAGGAUGAUGCUGAGAGAACAUGUCAGCUGGUCUUUAUUGGCAAAAAUUUAGAUAAGGAUGUUCUUCAGCAGCUCUUCAUGACUGCUGUGGCAGAGGCUGAAGAGCAGAGGACAGCACCGGGCAAAGAUCAAGUUUGUCCAUCACACUAGAAACUGCUUCUUAACAAAAGAACUGAUAAGAAAAACAAAGAUCAGUUUCCUUCUGGAUAUACUUCAAUCCUGAAUUCAUUCAUUGCCUCUGUUAUGAGUUGGGAGUAUACUUUAUGAUAGUAUUUAUUUUAUAAAGUAUACAAAAUUUUAGUAAAUUAUUAUGAAAAUACUUGAUACUCAUACAAUAAAAUAUAUCCUCUGAAGGUUUUUUUGAGAAAAGUAUUUCUCAAAAAUUCCAGAUUUUUUUUUGAAUCGUAAGCAUGAAUGCUGAUAACUUAUACAUCAUUUUUUGUGAAAAUGAUGGCAGACUUUUAACAUUUUCAUUUUACCUUAAAACUUAAGGUAAUUGUAGAAAUGUAAUGAUCAUAUUGAUAACAACAACAAAAACCCCAAAUGCUGUAAUUGUAUUUAAAAAGAUGUUUAACCUUUAUUUUUAUGUUAUGUGUAUGGGUGUUUUGCCUGCAUGUAUGUCUGAACAUGUCCAUCCAGUGCCUGAGCAGUGUAGAAGAGGGAUCUUCUGGGACUGGAGUCACAGAUUGUAACUCUCCAUCUGGGUACUGGGAAUUAAACCCAGGUCCUCUGGAACAGCCAGCACUCCUAACCACUGAGCCAUCUCUUCCGCUCUGACACUGUGUUUUUAGUGGAAUGCAGCUUUACUGUUUCUAAAGACUGAAAGAGGAAGAAAUUUGAGUCAAAGAAAUUCAAUGAUAUCGUACAAUCAGUGCCAAACUGAUGGUGUAAUGAUACUUCAGUUCUUUGUUCUGUAUUAUACAUAAAUUAUAAUUGUAGAACUUUAAACUUUAGUUUUAUUGCUGAUAUUAAAUUCAUUUUACCUAUUA